AUGGCGAGUCAGGGCGGCUGCCACAGUGCAGUGAAGAAGUGGAUACCCGACACCCGGUUUGAGAGCGGCCAAAACUGGGCAUCGGGUCAGAAACCGUGCUCGGGCCAGAGUGCUUCGCUCGCUGAAGCAACGGGCCUAGCCGUCCACCUCGGCUCGUCGAUAUCUCUGGGCGGUAUGGUCUUUCAAAAGUCGGGCGCCCUGGUACUGGACGAAGGCGCCUCUAUUAGCUUCACCAGAGGACCAUCAUCCUGCCCAGGCGAAGCCAAGUUCGUGGGUCAGGAACGGGUGCACUGGUACAACUCGGACAACUGGGCGCUCCGGGAGUCCGAGCAGCUGCUACCGGAGCCGAUCGAGAGUCGACCCACGGGAUCUCCGCGACCGCUGGUCGUGCCGGACGCCGAGAUGGUGCCGUGUCCCUCCGACCACGUCGAGUUCGAGGACACUCGCUUUCGGGUGGACACGGACGCUCUCACGCCGCGCCUGCGCACCAUGCAGAUCGGAGACGUGUUGUACGAUGGAACGGCUCUCGCUGCAUUUUUGGAGACUGACGCUGGGAAGGAACUGUUCGCGGGGGACGUUACGGGUGGAACUCCCGACUGCACGGACCCGGCCGGAUGCGCCUGCGGAAAUGACCGCCCCGAGCCACUCGAGAGGAUAUGUCUUCAGCACGCUCCCAAAUGUCCCCACGAGCUUCCCUGCAAUGACCCAGUAACGCCACUUGGAAACUGCUGCCCCAUCUGUGUGUCAAUGCUCGUGAUGAGGCCAUCUUCAGGAUUCCGAUUCUCCACACUGCUCCGCUUCUUCGAAGAAAAGGUCCUCAAGGCGCAGUUCAGCGGGAUUAUUCAGGCAUACCUUCACCGCACAUGGGAUGGAAGGCUGCAGGCUGUGCUGUCAGACCUCUCUCCAUCGGACACCUCUCGGCCGGCGACACCGGGGAAAGCGCACAAGCUCGCCACUGAACUGGCGGCUCUGCUCAAUGGGGCCACCGGCUUGGAAUACGCUGUGAGCAACACCAACUUGAGUGGCAGUCAAAGCUGGAAGAACCCUGCGACUGGAGGAGGCAUCGGGUCGACGUCCGGCUCUUCGGCUGGGGGCAUUGUCGGCGGCAUUGUGCUGGCUCUUCUGAUCCUCGCCCUGAUCAUCUUCUUGUGGUGGAAGAGGCCGCGCUUACCCCUCACCCUCUACAGGGGUCGGCAGCUGGAGAGGCUGCUUCCACUGGCACGCUUCGACGAAGGACGAGUCGAACUAGAACUGGGCACGACACCCCACGACGACCUUGUGCCCAUGGGCACUGAUGGGUUCGAGAACCCUCUCAUAGGAGGCGGACCUUUCAAGAGCUUCCCGGAGUUUGGCCCGGAGAGCAAGAACAGUUCUACAUUCGAAAAUCCGAUGUUUGAAACGGAGACACCCCCCGCACAGGACUAAAAUCCGCAGCACAAGACGACAAUUGCGACUGUUAUUACUUUCUACUUCGCGCUCCCACGUUUCUUUCUUUUUCACCUGGGGGUGAAGCAGCAUCAUGUAUUAUACAGUGAC